UCUUGUUGGCUAUGGCGGAUGGGGGCUAGGGUUUGAUCCAGUCCAGUGAGAGGAGCGCCAAGAUUUCCAAGAUGUCCGUGGCGGUGGUGGAAUCCGGCUUGCAUUCGACGCUGUCGCACCAGAUCGAGAUCGCGACGGCGGCGGAGGUUUUCAGCCAGGAAUCCCUGGCGCGCGGCGUGGAAGAGCAGAUCCGGGCGCUCAAGGAGGGCGUGAUGGAGUAUGGCUGUGCGCAUUACCGCCGGCGCUGCUUGAUCCGGGCUCCCUGCUGCAAUGGGAUCUUCAAUUGCCGCCACUGCCACAACGAGGCCAUGAACGCCAACGAGGCCGAUCCCUCCAAGCGCCACGACCUCCCCCGGCACAAGGUAGAGCGCGUCAUCUGCUCGCUGUGUGGAUUGGAGCAGGAUGUCCACCAGGUCUGCUCCGGCUGCGGCGUCUCCAUGGGCGAUUACUACUGCUCGAUCUGCCGCUUCUUCGACGACGACGUGAGCAAGGGCCAGUUCCACUGCGAUUCGUGUGGCAUCUGCCGCGUCGGCGGGCAGGAGAAGUUCUUCCACUGCGACAAGUGUGGCUGCUGCUACGCGGUGGCGCUCCAAAAGGGGCAUUCGUGCGUGGAGAACUCGAUGCACCACAAUUGCCCGGUUUGCUUCGACUACCUCUUCGAUUCCAUCAGCGACAUCACGGUUCUGCGCUGCGGCCACACCAUCCACAGCGAGUGCCUCCGCGAGAUGACCCUCCACGCGCAGUUCUCGUGCCCGGUGUGUUCCAAGUCGGUGUGUGACAUGAGCUCGGCAUGGGAGAGGCUGGAUCAGGAGAUCGCCGCCACGCCCAUGCCCGAUGCCUACCGCAACAAGCUGGUGUGGAUCCUGUGCAACGAUUGCGGUGGAUCCUCCGAGGUACCAUUUCACAUUGUUGCUCACAAAUGCCUCCACUGCUACUCCUACAACACCAGGCAGACUCGACGAUCGGCCUCCUCUCCGCCCAUCUCCUCCAAUUCAUCGCCCAGUUCGUCCUCCUCCCCCGAUUCUUCUUCCUCUUCUCAAUCUCUCUACUGAUCAAUCGAUUUCUCGGCUGCCCUUCUCGAUUUUCUUCCCGAUUUCCCCGAUUUCUCCUCACGCAUCGCAUUUAUUCCUCUGGAUCAAAGACGAAGAACAGCUAAACAGCCAAACCAAAAAAGGGUCCGAAUUGGCGAGGCCGAGCGCUCUCGUGUCGGAUGGUUGUAAAUUUCUCUCUAUUUUUAUUUUUUUUACUGAUUAAAAGAAAUAUUUCUAUUGUUGGGUGGUUGAA